CUAUACGCACGUGACGCAUUUCCGGUGAAAUGUAAGACCGCGGGCCAAUUUCCGCCGAUCGUACAGAAAGAACUGUGCAACAGGAACGCUUCUUAUCAAAACAAGGAACUUUACGAGUAGUUGACUUAAUGCUUUAUGCCUUCAUAGCACCCAUAUAUAUGUUUACCUAAAAUACAUAAAUAUGACAUGUAAACGUUUAAGAGUGUCAUUUCAAAGACGUCAGGACAGUACUUCUAGCUACCACUGCUGUGUUCCGCAAUGUACAGCGUCAGCGAAAUUUAAUUCUUACCUCAGUUUCCACACGUUUCCAAAAGACACCGACUUGCAGGAGAGGUGGGUUGUUAAUAUUCGACGUGACAACUUUACAGUAACGCAAAAGACAAGAGUGUGUAGCCGACAUUUCGAGUCGAGCGACCUGAUCGAGCCUCGAGCGCCAACCGGACGCAGACAUUUGAAGAAAGGAGCUGUCCCGGUGCUGUUUCAAUGGAACAACUUUGCAGUUUCAGCCGCACGACCUGGAGUUUGGGAGAGGAUAAAGCGACCAAACACAGACCUAACGUUAGAUGACCCAUCUGUGGAUGUAAGUGUGAACUAUUCUGACCAUGACUACGUCUCCACUGCCGAGUCUGAUGCCCUGGAUUUGUCCCUGGACCACACGGAUCUACGUGUGGAAAUUGCGAAUCUGCGAAAACAGAUUGAGGAGAUUUCCCUCAGCAACAAGUUUUGCUUGGAGAGAUUCGCUGCAUCCGAUGAUGACAUUAGGUUUUACACGAGGUUUGCAAGUCAUGGCCACCUCAUGGCAUUUUGGAGGCAGAUAGAACCAGCAACUGGCAAGAUUGUUCGAGUGUCCAGAACACAAACUGCAGCCAACCCUGAUGAGGUCCCUCACACUGCCAGAGCAACGUCUCUUCCACCCAUUGAUGAGUUUUUUCUCUUUAUGACAUAUCUGUCACUGGGUCUGAUGCAGAAGGAUUUGGCCCACAGAUUCAGAAUUCACCAAUCUACUGUAAGCCGCAUCAUCAACACAUGGGCUAACUUUCUUUAUACUGUACUUGGACCUGUGGGCAUUUGGCUGGACGAGGAGAUGGUCAAAGCUCACAUGCCGGAUGUUUUUCAGCAAUACUCUGACACACAGGUGAUUUUGGACUGUACUGAACUGCGUUGCCAGACACAAAGCUCUCUCCUCCUUAAGAGUGAGGUAUUUUCUAGCUACAAACCUCACUGUACUUUCAAAGGGUUAGUUGGAAUAGCCCCUCACGGUGCUGUAACCUUCAUUUCAUCUCUCUAUGAAGGUGCCAUAAGUGAUCGAGAGAUUCUAAAACAGUCUGGUAUUGUGUCUCUUCUAAAACCAACAAUGGCAAUAAUGGUCGAUAAGGGUUUCCUGGUAGAGGACUGUGUGCCCUGCAAGGUCCACAUAGCUACCUUCUUGUCAAAGAAAGCACAACUGUCUGGGCCAGAGGUCAGGAAAACACAGUCUAUUGCAAGACUAAGAGUCCAUGUUGAGCGACUGAUUAGAAGGGUGAAGGAGCAUAAGAUAUUUAGCACUGUAAUCCCUCUAUCACUUACAGGCAGCAUCAAUCAAAUGUACACAGUUGCCUGUCUGUUGGUCAAUUACCAAAAUGGACCCUUGGUUAAGGCCUGGCAUGGCAAUUACUAAUACAGUAGAUGCCUGAUUAGGUAGAAAUGGUUUGAAUGCAAUAAACUCUUAAGUGCAUCUGAA